CAGAGAGCGCCGUGGCGGCUUGUGCUCGGCCGCCGGUUCCGGAGGAGGGCCGGACCCGGCUGGGUGGGUGGGAAGUGCGGCUGGUAAUCUGGCAGCCGCCGAGAGAGAGAAGAUUAUAAAUGCCAGAGCCAUUUAAAUGAUGGUUAGCUGUUGAAUUCUGACACUUCCUUAAAUACCUUCUUGCACCAACAUCUUCAGUGGGAAGAGUUCAGGAAAAGUAGCAGAGGGAAGGAGAGACAACAGUUACAUGUACCAUGGCUAUACCAAUAACAGUACUUGACUGUGAUCUCUUGCUAUAUGGCCGAGGUCACCGCACAUUGGACCGCUUUAAGCUGGAUGAUGUGACAGAUGAAUACUUGAUGUCCAUGUAUGGGUUUCCUCGACAGUUCAUUUAUUACUUGGUGGAGCUCUUGGGGGCCAGUCUUUCUAGACCUACUCAGAGAUCCAGGGCUAUUAGCCCAGAGACACAGAUCCUUGCAGCACUGGGCUUCUAUACCUCAGGUUCCUUCCAGACUCGGAUGGGGGAUGCUAUUGGAAUCAGUCAGGCAUCUAUGAGUCGAUGUGUUGCCAAUGUCACCGAAGCGCUUGUGGAAAGAGCUUCGCAGUUCAUCCGCUUUCCAGCUGAUGAAGCCUCCGUGCAGGCUCUGAAGGAUGAAUUCUAUGGGUUGGCAGGGAUGCCAGGGGUCAUAGGGGUGGUUGACUGUAUCCAUGUGGCAAUCAAGGCACCAAAUGCUGAAGACCUUUCCUAUGUGAACCGCAAAGGUCUUCAUUCUUUAAACUGCCUCAUGGUGUGUGACAUCAGAGGGGCACUGAUGACUGUGGAAACAAACUGGCCGGGGAGCCUCCAGGACUGUGCUGUGCUGCAGCAGUCUUCUCUCAGCAGUCAGUUCGAAGCUGGGAUGCACAAAGAGAGCUGGCUGCUUGGUGACAGUUCCUUCUUUCUCCGCACCUGGCUUAUGACCCCACUUCACAUUCCCGAAACUCCAGCCGAAUAUCGCUAUAAUAUGGCCCAUUCUGCAACUCACAGUGUGAUUGAGAAGACUUUCCGAACCCUCUGCUCCCGAUUCCGCUGCCUGGAUGGAUCCAAGGGGGCACUGCAGUACUCACCGGAGAAGUCCAGCCACAUCAUCUUGGCCUGCUGCGUCCUCCACAACAUCUCCCUGGAGCAUGGGUUGGAUGUCUGGUCCUCUCCAGGGACAGGACCCGUGGAACAGCCUCCUGAGGAAGAGUAUGAGCACAUGGAGUCCUUGGACCUAGAGGCUGACCGUAUCCGUCAGGAGUUGAUGCUCACUCACUUCAGCUAAUGUGGAAGGUGGGGAGCGGGGAGGCUUUCCAGAAGGAGCUGUGACAAACUUUCCCUCUCACCACCCCCUACACAGUUCCAUCAUCUAGCAUAACUGAGCGUGUGGACACUUGUCACAAACUGACAUUUAAUCUGCGUGUUUUAGAAAGGUUGAGGCUAGGCCAGAAUAUCUCGAUUCAUUUGCAAGUUUAUUAACUAAACCAAAACCUCCGAGACAACAGUUCUCUACUAUCCAUUGAACACCAGGUUAGCACCACUCACUCAUUUGAAAGUUCCUUGGUUGUAGACGUUUAUAUCGUGCUUACAAAAUCAAAGCAGUUAUCUAGAGAUUUCAAAAGAAAACAAUACUUGUCCUGAAAGAUAUGGAUGGCAUUUUAGCUUUUCUACUUUACUACCUAUAAAGGCAUAAUCUGAGGCAAGUGUGAAGAGUAAAUUUCAGUUGGGAAAUGGUCUUCUGACAUAAAUAAACGGCUACUAAUGUGAUUUUUCAGCUUUGUGUUUUUAAGAGGAGGUUAAGGACAGUCCAAAACCUCCAUCUUAAUUCUGUCUGUAAUAACUGAGCUGUGGCUUGGACCUAGUUCCCAGGGAGAACAUCUGGACUCCAAUCUCUUACUUCCAACCCUGAGUAGGAGCUAAAGGCUAAAUGGGUUUAAGAAUUCAAUCAGCUUAAAGAAGACAAGUCAAAUAGAGACAAAAUAGCAAGCUUACACUUUACAGGGGAUCUAAAGACCCUGAUAGAUUGAUGGGCAAAGGAAAUUCACCCAGGUUUAGACAGUCCACAUCUAAAUAGAUCACAUUUCUUAUGAUCAUGAUGUUAGGAUGUCUUUUGGGCCAUUCUGCUUUGAAAUUCCUUGUUCAGAAAGAAAGUUUAGGGGAUACAGAAGACAUGUAAUAAAAAGGAGAGGUAAGGGCUUCCCUGGUGGCGCAGUGGUUGAGAGUCUGCCUGCCGAUGCAGGGGACACGGGUUCGAGCCCUAGUCCGGGAAGAUCCCACAUGCCGCAGAGCUGCUAGGCCCGUGAUCCAUGGCCGCUGAGCCUGCACCUCCAGAACCUGUGCUCCGCAACAGGAGAGGCCACAGCAGUGAGAGGCCCACGUACCGCAAAAAAAAAAAAAAAAAAGGAGAAGUAAAAGGAAUAUAAUUUAUUGGUAUGAAAUGAAUUUUGGAGUUAGACCUACUUGAAUAUCUUCUGUGUAAAGUGAUGGACAGAAUUUCUCAGGAAAUAAAUAAUCCUCCACCAAGUCUUAUUCUAAAAUUAUACUGAUAUAAAAAUAACCUGAUUGGAAUAAUGAAAGUGUGAAUUAGGUUCACACAUUGGUGCCUUUGCUGGGACAAAAUAGAGACUUCCCUGAGGAUUGUUUUGUUCCCAGUUUCUCAGCCAUUCACCCGUGUGAUCCCUCUGAAUUGUCCUCAUGGAUCAUUUCCUACCUGUCUUUGGCAGUGUUAAUCUGGUGAUUUUCAAAGUAAAGAAAUGAACAGCUGAUGACCAAAGAAAUGUGGAAAUAAAUUGAAGGUGACUGAUCCACAAGAUUAAAAACAA